GUCAAAUAUCCCGUGUAUCAAACCCACGUGGGUUGAUACUGUAUUCUGGCUCGUCCAGAAUAUCAACGUGCUGAGAGAUUUUGCUUCCUUAUUCUGCAACAUUGGUUAUUCGUCUCGUCCAGGCUUUCUUCGCGAAAGUUUAGUCGGGACGAUUAGCACGCGCAUGCGCUCCCAUCAUGGGUAUAUAUAUGUGAUGUUCGCCUUUCUAUGUAUUGGCAAGAUCAACCAGCCGUAAACCGUCCAAGCAACAGCUAAGAGCUAAGCCGCCAAGAUGGUGAUGCACGAGUAUACCUACGUUUUUGCCUUUGGCACAAUGUUUGCGCUUCUUGAGGCGUUUAACAAUGGUGCAAACGAUGUUGCCAACGCUUGGGCUACGUCGGUGUCCUCCCGCUCCGUCACAUACCGCCAGGCCAUGUUCUUGUGCUUGGUCUUCGAGAUCACUGGUGCCAUGGCUGUCGGUGCUCGCACUGCCUCUACGAUUAAGAACGGAAUUAUCCCCAUCGCUGCAUUCCACGGCAACGCUGGUGUCCAGCUGUUGGCUUUCGCCUGCGCUUCCGCUGGUGCCGCCAUCUGGGUUAUGUGGUGUACUCGCAACUCUGCCCACGUUUCUUCGACAUACUCCCUGGUCUCUUCCAUCGCUGGUGUUGGUGUCGCCGCUGUCGGUGCUAAGAACGUCCAGUGGGGAUGGAGUAACGGAUCCGGUCUCGGUGCCAUCUUCGCUGGUCUUUGCAUGGCCCCAAUCGCAUCUGGAUGCUUUGCUUCGAUCAUCUUCAUGCUCAUUAAGAUAACUGUUCACUCUCGCAAGGACCCCCUCAAGUGGGCUGUCUUCACCUCGCCUUUCUUCUUCCUGAUCGCCGGUACCAUUUGCACGCUCUCCGUCGUCUACAAGGGAUCCCCCAACCUUGGUCUCGAUAAGAAGCCCGCCUGGUACAUCGCCAGCGUCACCCUCGGUGUUGGCUUCGGUCUGUUCAUCCUCGCCGGUCUCUUCUUCGUCCCAUACGUCCACUGCAAGGUCAUCAAGAAGGAUUACACCCUCAAGAUCACCGAUAUCUGGCAAGGACCUGCCCUCUUCCACCGCGUUCCCCCGGCAGAUGCCACCCAGGCUCGCGUUCCCAACUACGCCGUCAUCCAGCACGACAAUGAUGAGGAAGACUCCGGAGAUCUCAAGGUUCCAGGCCAGGAGCCCACCAAGGACCUCGACGUCAUUGAGACUACCCCUGCUGGCAGCGAGAGAGACGUCUCCAACGAGAAGAGCGCACCCGCCCCCAAGACCCUCGCCCAGUUGGAGGACGAGUCUGCCGGCAUCAACGCUCAAGCCCACUACCGCCUGCUCCUCGCCCGCGCCGAGGCCAAGCACCACGCCUUCCUCCGCACCAAGAGAGGACCAAUCGGAUGGGCCAUGCGCACUCUCCACAACCACCCCAUGGGUAGCGGUGAGAUCUACGAGCGCCACAACCUCUGGGCUUUCUUUGUCCGCCUCCCCGCCCAUCUCGUCUGCGCCCUCCUCUACGGUGUCUACUACGACAUCCACGGCUCCCAGAUCGGUGUCCUCGGUACCCCCGAGGGCCGCCGCAUGGCCGUCGUCUACGACCACGCCACCAAGUACCAGAACGAGGUCGAGUACCUCUACUCCUUCGUCCAGAUCAUCACCGCCUGUACCGCGUCUUUCGCUCACGGCGCCAACGAUGUCGGUAACGCUGUCGGUGUCUGGGCUGGUAUGUACGGUGCAUGGCAAUCUGGCCAGACUGUCAAGUCUAAGGAGGAUGUUCCCUCGUGGCAGAUCGCCGUCAUGGCCCUCACCAUCUGUGUCGGAUUCAUCACCUACGGUUACAACAUCAUGAAGGUCAUGGGUAACAAGCUCACCUACCACUCCCCCUCGCGUGGUUCGUCCAUGGAGAUGGGCGCCGCCAUCACCACCCUCAUCUUCUCCCAGUACAAGCUCCCAGUCUCUACAUCCAUGUGCAUCACUGGUGCCACCGUCGGUGUCGGACUUUGCAACGGUACCUUCAAGGCUGUCAACUGGCAGCGUGUUGGUCUCCUGUUCUUCUCCUGGGUCGUGACUAUCCCGAUUGCCGGUCUUAUCGGUGGUGGUCUCAUGGCCCUUGCCCUGAACGCGCCCAGCUAUUGAAAUGCGCCUGGUCUUUAAUUGAGACGGGAUUUUGAUGGAGUCGGUGUUGUUUCGGAAGGGUUAGGAUCACGAUGAUGUCGGUCACAAAUUUGCACUCCUUAGAACUUUAUUUUUACAGUCAUAAUUGUACUUUAUUAUUAGCACACAAUUACAGUGCCACUUCC